AUGGCCGCAUUCGAUGCUAAAAGAAGUUUUGCUGAACUAAAAAGAAGGUUAUUCCGAUCGCCAGCCGUGGAUAUGGCUGAAACAGAACGUUCUCAAGAUACUAGUAGCACGGGAUCUCUUCUAAAUAGAUUACAGAUUGAACAUGAUGUUAUAGAAGUCAGCCACAGAACCCUACAGAAAGAUUUACAUGAACAACGGUUGAAACAACUGCGACAGAAAGUAAAGAGCCUGGCUGAGGAUGACUGGCAGUAUGUUAGUGUGGAUCAAUUGAUUGGUCUUCAGUGAAACUACAGUGGAGGGCUGCUAGAGACAGUGCUAAUGUGUGCACCUAAGGACAGUUAAUAAGAAAUCUGAUGAUGUCCUAGUUAUACUGGCUCAUUGGUUAUUAAUCUGUCUGAUACCCUCCUGGGGAAGAUUGGUAAAGGGCCUCUCAGUGGACAUCACUGUCCACUGCAUCCUCUCUGCUAUAUGUGGAGAUGAAUGUAUGCCAUCAGGAGGAUAUCUCUGGGAUUACACUGGAGCCCUCUGCAAGCAGAACAUUGGAUUGCAGAAUGGGCAUACAGCUGAUUUGACACUCCAUAAAUCACAGAAAAAACUUUUGCUGAAAACUUUGUAAUCUCUUCCUGAGUGAAGGAUACUUUGAAUAUGUCCAUAAAAUUCAAGUGGUCCAGCUGAACUGUGUUUUUUUUUUGCUGUAAGAUGUGUUGUUAAUUUUUGUCAUCUUUGUCUUUAGUGUGACAGGACAUGAGUGGUUGAAAGACAUUCCAUAGAAGAACACACACAUUAGUCACUCGUCAUUUGUGAAAGGUAUGGAUUUAAGUACAUUGUUGAUCAGUUUCAUUAUUUAGUUGUAUGAUGAUACAGGGUGCAACCACCUUUAAGCACUUGCUCAUGUGUUCUUAUUAUACUACAUUUCUUUCAGAGUUGAUAACUAAAUAAAUAUUCUAAUGAAAUUUCAAAA